GCCUACACCAAUUGGAUGCAACACUUUGACCCUAACCCGCCCACUUUACGCGCAUGUAUCAAUGUAUCCCUCACGCGCCUGAUUGAGUGAGCUUAUGGGUUUAUGGUGGGGCGGUAGACAAUUACUUAUACUAGUGGGGUUGCACGUCACCGAUCGGCGCAUUCUAGCUUCACCCACUCAACCUCAAACCCAUCGUCAUUAUCACCCACCGUCCACCUAUCCACCGUUACCCCCACCCAUUUAUUUACUACUCCCACAUUCCGCACACCCACAAAAAGAUUUACUCUUAAACUUCCUCCGCCGCCACCGGAAGCCCGCUUCCCACCACCGCAAAUACCCACAACUUUCCGCCCGAUGUCGUUCUCUAAAAAGAUAAAAUCGCCGACCACCACUACUGGUUAGGUUGCUAACGUACGCUUGUGAUUGACUAACGUACGCUCCUCGAAGAAGAUCACCGACAUGUCUGCCACCGCCGGAGAGAAACCUGUACGGAAGUUUCCACCGCCGUGCUGGACGCGCGACGAGGCACUGGUUCUGAUUGAAGCAUACCGUGAGCGAUGGUACGCGCUCCACCGCGCGUUCCUUCGAACACCAGAUUGGGACGCGGUGGCUGAGAAAGUGACAACCAGCUGCCCGGACGUCACCCCGCCGAAGACUUCCGCUCAGUGCCGCCACAAGAUGGAGAAGCUCCGUCAACGCCACCGGGCCGAGAAGCAGCGUGCUUCCGCCUUCUCCGGCGAGCGAUUCUUCUCUUCCUGGUUCUACUUCGAAGCCAUGGAAGCUAUGGAAAACGGGUAUGACACCGAACCUGGUAAUCUCCAAAUCGAUUCAGAAAUCCACAACCCUAAGAGUUUGAAUCCGGGUCGUGGACUUCGAUUCAAGCCUUCCGCAGUUCAGAAUCUGGUAACAUUAGCCACCAGUUCCACCAAACAUAACAUGAAAUCAAGCCCAAAUUUUGGUCCUAAAGUUUCAAAUCGUUACUCUUUAUAUCCAAAUAAUGGGUCUAAUCAAGAAGACGAAGAUGAAGAUGGAGGUCUAGUAGAAACCCCAAUUGAAGAAACCAUAUACAAGGGUCACAAAUUCCUUGUAGAAACCCCAAUUCGAGAAGCAAAAAACCACAAAAAUUCUGCAAUUGGAGGAGGAACUAGGAACAAACCACCGAUCACCCCUCAACCAGAAUCCGGACGAUCGGGUCUCAGGCCAAGGAAAUUCAGCAAGGUCGUCGUCCAUGACGAUGAGGAUGCUAAUAACGGCGGAAUGUGGGUAAAAGUCCCGAGGAAUACAAAUAUGUUUAGAGGAAGAUCUCAAAACGCAAAUGGGAAGGAAUCGAACAAGGGAAAGAAGAAUAAGGGUGGAUUAUCGGAGGUGGUGUCGUCGAUUAAGUUAUUGGGAGAUGGGUUUUUGAAGAUGGAGAAGAUGAAGAUCGAUAUGGCGAGGGAGAUGGAGAAGAUGAGAAUGGAGAGUGAGAUGAAACGUAAUGAGUUGAUAUUGGAGUCGCAGAAACAGAUCGUGGAUGCGUUUGUGAAAGGAGUGAUCGAGUCUAGGAAGCAGCAGCCAACAACAAUGGCACAUUUGUAGGUUCAGUUCAGUUGUGAUAUGAUCAGAGAAUUCAUAAGGUUUAAUUAAUGUCUUUUUCAGUUUAAAGGUAUUUUAGAUGUGUAUAAAGUUAUGGAAACAAUUUGUGAGUUUUAUCAUUUCUGUUUAAAGUCUCCGUUGAUCUGUGAACUCAUCAGCCGGAGGUAACUGAAAUUGGCCGCCGGUGGUCCUGUUUUAACGAUGGUUUGUUGAUGCUUUUAAACCUGCCAAUGUAGUGGCACACAAACAAGUUUUGGUA